AUAGAUACGGAGCAAUAUCAGUGAUAAUUGAGUUUUACUGGGAACUGCCGUUUAUACCUGUGAUCGGUGGGAAUGUUACUAAUAUUAGAUAUUCAUGUGGAUUAUUUUUCAUUAAAAAUUUAAAAUGUAGAAGAAAGGUUAUUAAAAUACCCGGAGCUAGACACAAAAGUUAUUGACUGUCCCAACUUCACCAACUCUGUGACCUCGUUAUGAAUUGCCUGUAAGCUGAAAGAAUCUUCUAGCUGAAAUGUGAUGGCUUACGUUCCAAAGAAGUGUGGUGUUAAGUUCAAACCACCUGCUAUUGUUUUAAUCUACGAAGAUGAAAAUACUAAGAAAACUCGACAAAGGAUGAUACCUGUUCGAAAUUUCUCCAAAUUUUCAGAUUGUGGCCAAGCCGCAGAACAGAUGAAGAAUAACCCUCGGCACCAAGUAUAUUUCGAUAGAGUGUCGCAGCAGCAGCUGCAGAAAUUAUAUCAGCUCCUGAGAGAUAGCCUGAAUGGUCUGAGUCUUAACCAGAGCCUGGAGACCUUCCUGAAGGAAAACUCCAUCAACCCAGAGGAGGAUCUCAACAAACUUGAUGACAAUGAGUUGGCAAAAAAGAAAAAAAUCAUGGAUGAACUGUUUGAACAGAACCAGAGAAAACCCAGUGACCCAAAGUUUGUUUAUGAUCUGGAAGUUGAUUUCCCUGAGGAUGAGCAGAUUGAGUCAUGUGGCUGGGAUGAUGAAGAUCAAGAUGGAGAGUUCUGACUGAGCUUUAUUUCCAGAACUGUCAGUGUGUACCUUUGAGGACAGAAGAAUAACCUAGUCUUUAGUUGCCUUGAGUUAAUCAAUCUAUUAUUAUAUUAUAAAUGGUCAAAAUGACAAUUGCAUCACAGAUGGAAUUAUAUCAAAACAGGUUAAAGGGCACAGGAACAGGAUGUUAUUACUCCUGAGUAAGCUGCAGCUGCUAAAUAGAAACUUUGGAAAUCACUUUUGUAAUGAUUAAGGUGUGGAAGGGAAAACAUUAUGGCCACUGUACCUGAUCACCAAACAAAUUUGAGUCCCUAAAUGAUUAUCCACAAAUGCAGGAUCAAAUUCUUUGCUAUUCUACCAACUUGCCAUUUAUCAGAAGAUUUAUAAUGGUGGCUUUAUAUUAUUGGAAACUUUUAUCAUGUUUUCAGAAAUGAAACAUAUGCUUGUACUCAAUUUGUCUCAAUGUCAGUAUAAUAUUGUUGUUAAUUUUCAUCCUAACUGCCUAGAUAAUAAAUUGAUAAAGUGGAUAAUGUCUA